CUUGGGGCCGUCCCGGGCCGCGACUCCUCCUCCGUACCGCCCCGCCUCCGCUCGGCCAGCCCGCAGGCGGGCUCCUUGGCCAGGAGACGUCCCUCGGAGCCGGGCGGCAGCCGAUGCCCAGGUUGCACGACCGCUUCUGGAGCUGUUCCUGCGCGCACAGCGCCAGGCGUAGAGGCCGCCCUAGAGCCGGCGCCGCGGGGCCGGCGGCCAAGGUGGGAGAGAUGAUGGACUCGUCCGUGCUGGGCCCCGCCCCGCCGGCGGCCCACCGGGCCCAGGACCCCCGCCCCGCGCACGGGGGCCCGGCCGGCGGCGGCCGCGCCAGCAGCUGGCACCAUCACUUGGUGCAGAGGAGCCUCGUGCUCUUCCUGGUCGGGGUGGUCCUGGCCCUGGUGCUCAACCUGCUGCAGAUCCAGAGGAACGUCACGCUCUUCCCCGAGGAGGUGAUCGCCACCGUCUUCUCCUCAGCCUGGUGGGUCCCGCCUUGCUGCGGGACGGCGGCCGCGGUGGUCGGUGUGCUGUACCCCUGCAUCGACAGCCACCUGGGCGAGCCCCACAAGUUCAAGCGGGAGUGGGCCAGCGUCAUGCGCUGCAUUGCAGUCUUCGUGGGCAUCAACCACGCCAGCGCCAAAUUGGACUUUGCCAAUAAUAUUCAACUGUCCCUGACUUUAGCAGCCCUGUCUUUGGGCCUCUGGUGGACAUUUGACCGUUCAAGAAGUGGCCUUGGGCUUGGCAUCACCAUAGCCUUUCUGGCCACUCUGAUCACUCAGUUUCUCGUGUAUAAUGGUGUCUAUCAGUAUACGUCCCCGGAUUUCCUCUACAUCCGCUCCUGGCUCCCAUGCAUAUUUUUCUCAGGAGGCGUCACAGUGGGAAACAUUGGACGACAGUUAGCUAUGGGUGUUCCUGAAAAGCCACAUAGCGAUUGAGUCUUCAAACACACUGAUUCCGAAGAGUGAGUGAAAUUUUGGAAGAAAGUCUGUGGUAGUGCAUUAUGACAAAGAUUAUCCUUUUUCCUAAAUAAUCUAUUUAGAUUGGGCUGACUGUACAAAUGACUCCUGGAAAAAAUAUCCACCUAGUCUAGAAUAGCAAAGUGGAGAAAAUAACUACUUACCUUGAAGUCUCACCUGGACUGACUGCCUCACACCUGUCUGUGCCCUGGCACAUUCUGUCCGGCUGGGAGGGCAAGCAGGUGGCAGUUUCCUGGGUGUUAGGUUCCAUUCACGUGAUUAAAGACAAGUUGCCAUACUUCAAAGCCUUGAACUAAGACUUAAUUACCAACUGUGAGUUUUGUGUCAGUGCCCAAAGGAGACAGGUUGAUGGUGCUUAAUGAAGACGAAGUAUGAUGUAAUAGGAAUAAUAUUUAUCCAGAAGAUUUUUUAAAAUAGGGUUGUGUUAAGAAAAAAUAAAACAAAGAAAAGAAGGCAAACAGCAUGGAGUGUAGAGUGGCCGGCCCUGGACAGCAGUGCUCGCCCACACGGCCACACGCAUGGGGACACCAGUGAGUGGACUGGGCUUUUCAGUCUUCCUAUGGAAGUUUGUGUAGACAAUCUUACUGAGAGCAAAGGCAGUGAAAAGUCACAGUUCUGCACUGUGGUACGUUGGCGUUUUCACCUCAGUUUAUGAAGUUUUUUCCAAAAUCCAUAACCAUCUAAGAAUGAAUACCUGUCUGCCAUGUAUUUCAAUCUUAGCCAAAAUUGUUUGUGUCUUUGUUAUUCCAGAGUAGAGAUGACUGUUUUUUUCCACAACCCUAUGGAAUUUGCAAUCUGUGAUUGCCUUGUAAAAAGAAGAGUGCGUACGUCACUACAUUAGACAUGUGGUGUUUCUAAAUAUUCGAUGAUAUUGGUGAGCACAAUGUAUCCAUUUAAUGGCAUAGACCAUGUUAGACCUAAUUUGCAAGUAUUGGGUCUUAAACUUCAAGUGCAAUGUAUAUGAAAACCAAUCUGAGCCUUGUAUUCUCUUAAAUAUUUAUUUUUCUUAAUGUGUGAGAUGUUCCAGAGAAGGGUUCUCCAUUCAUUUCAGUGCUGCAUGGAGGCAGAACUCAGCAAUAAUUUCCUUUGGUUGUAAAGUUACUUUAUUGUUUUACCCUCCACUGAGCCCUAGUCCUUUGAAAUACUCCAGUUUGUGGGUUUAGUAAUUUUUACUUACAAAUUUACCUUUUCGUAUUUUGCAAUUUAAAUGUUUUUGGUUUGUUUUAAAUUCUGUGAAAGUGGUUUGAUGAAAAGACUCCUUUUACAUAGAAGGCACGAAUCAGCAAACUCAGCUGACUUGGCUGUGAGUGUUGAUGUGUGUUUUCAGUUUCAUUUAUGUGAUGAUCCUUGUUGGGGGUCUUUUUUUAUUUUGUUCUAUUUUGUUUUGGGGAAAUUUUUCUUGGAGUAAAGUUUAGGUUUACUGGGUUAAUUUGUCUUAGAAGAAUUUUUUAAAAAAGAAAAUGGGAUCAUUCUGAACUUUAGAAUGAUCCCAUAUAAAUUUUCUGAAAAUGUAAAGAAAUGAUUAGCUAUGUAAAAAAUUUUUCAAUGAAGAUGUCAGCAUUUUAUGAAAAACCAGAAGCUAUUAAGUGAAAACAGCAAGUGAAUCUUUAAAAUACACUUGAUCAUGCACAAACAGUAUUUUUUUUCUCUCUUAAACUGGAAGUAAAUUUCUGUUAGAAAUAAUGUAGCCAAAAAAUGUAAAUUUGAAGAAUUUUUUUUGCCAAUAGUUUAUAGCAAAUAUAUGAACCAAAGUGAUUUGAGUUUGUAAAAAUGUAAAAUAAUUGAACAAAAUUUGCACUAUACUAUUUGAACAUCUAGUGAGUUUCACAUUCAUACUAAGUUUUCAACAUUGUGUUCUUUUUGCAUUCAUUUUUUAUUUUUAUUAAAGAUUUAAAA